AUGCGUCCCGACGGCGUCUUCUGCAGAGCGUCGCGACGUCCAAAACACCCAGGCCACAGUCCGGGUACCGGUGCUGAAGGUGACGGACGCUCACUUGCUGCUCGAAUCGGUGUCGCGACGGCGUGCUUCCAAAACAUCCGUUGUUGCACUUUGGCGGUUCGGAAGGUUGCAAUUUUUGGCGUAAAUUUUUUGAACGUGACCACUUUGCCAGUUUGUUGAGGGGUUGUUUGCCGACAUUGCCGCUGGAUCCAACAGGGUUCACCGCACAGCUAGAAACUUAACCAGUGCAUGAUAUCGGACCAAGGCGGGCAGAUUCUUGGACGAGAGUUUGCGUGUACAUUUCGAGUAGUUCUUCCUCGAUUCCGUACCUAGUAGUUGUGUGAGUUGGGAGUUUUGGUACGGGGGUGGAGAGUAGCUCUGUCCCGCUGUGUUUGAUCCGCAUCGUCGCGGGAAGUCAUUGUGGAGUGGCCCGGGUCUGAACCGAUGGACCUAGACUGUGACUUGGUCGGGGGCAUUAUGAAAUCCGACGAGGAGAUGGGCCGGGACAAGCCUACGGUUCCAGCCGCCAGCAACCACAUCCACUAUCCAAAGGGCAAGAACAGCGAGAGCAAAAGAAUGGUGGAUAUAACAAGAGACAAGCCGAUCAAAGUGGCCGUGAGGGUGGUUGUACCAGUUCGGGAUCAUCCCAAAUUUAAUUUCGUCGGUAAACUCCUAGGACCCAAGGGCAACUCCCUCAAGAGGCUGCAGGAGGACACGAUGUGCAAGAUGGCGGUACUGGGACGGGGGUCGAUGAAGGACAGACACAAGGAAGAGGAACUCCGUGCUAGUGGCGAUCCGAAGUUUCAGCAUUUAAGUGAGGAACUGCAUGUGGAAAUUAGUGCAUUCGCCACGCCGGCCGAGGCACACGCCAGAAUCGCAUAUGCAUUGGCCGAGGUUCGAAGAUUUUUGGUCCCGGAUUACAACGACGACAUCCGCCAGGAACAGAUGUGGGAGAUGCAGGUACUAUCCAGCCAGAAGAACAACAACAAAGACGACGAUGGAACAAUGGGCUUACAGACACAACAGAACCAAAGCAUGGAGACGAGCACACCGGGCGAUGACAGAUUAAGCGGCGACGGCAUCGAACCUGGACCGCAGAGUCCGCACGAUUCCACUGAACACCCUGCACUGAGAGGGGUUGCAAAUGUUGAUGCCCCGUGUCCCGCGGGGGAACCCCUGAUCGUCGGCACGUCACCCGCCAACGGCAACGGCGACCUCUCGCCCACCAACGGCCUGACGGGGACGCAGGGUCAGGCGGCGGCCGCCGCCGUCGCCUCAGUGCUGGGCGGCGGACGUAAACGUCCGCUGUUGGCGGGCGGUCCGCGCGCCUCGAUGACGCCCACAAAACGCACCGUCAUGUCGUUGCUGGCGAGGGCGCGCGCCGCCCAGGCCAAACAGUUGCCGCCCGCUACUUUUCCCAGAACGACCCCAGAACGCACGCCUACUCUGGUUCCGCUCCUGAGAGAGGACUACAUCACGGGAGCUGUUAACCUAAACCUAAUUUAACUUUAAGUGAACACAAUCACAAAAUGAAAUUCUGUAGAAUGCGAUUGUGAAUUUGUUUUUUAUUUUAUUUUUUAAGGCGGAUCCCCGAGAACAAUGUGCAAAUAAUUUUUUUCUGUUAAAUUAAAAAAAACAAAAAUAACAGACCCGUAUUGCGGCGUUGUAAUUUCGAACUGUUCUGUAUAACAAUUAAAAUUUAAUGUGGAUACGGAGUCAUAAUGAAGGCCGCCGCAAUUGUUGAGUAAUUGUGUGGCCGAAACAAUAUGUUCGAUGCAUUAAGCAGAAACGCGAAUUAAAAAGGUCCAAUGCGGUACACGAGUCACGGUUGUUUUGGUACAGUAUGAGUUUCUCUAAUUACAUUAAUUCAGCAAUACUCUUCGAACGCAACAAUAAUCAGUACCGCGCCCUGAUUUGACGGGAACCGGAAACGCAACGGGGGAUGUUAUUUAUAAAUUAUUUGCUGCUUCAAUCAGACUGGAAUCAGGUCGAUCCGUACGCGAUCAAUGAUAUUAAAAUUGUGCCAUUUAUAUAUUUUUUAAUCAAAGUAAUACUUGUCAAAUGGAUUUCCUUUUUUCCGUGCGGCCCCAAUAAAUAAGGAAUUUUUCUGUUAAGAAGCAAUUUUCUCCACGGAGUACAUAAUUCAGACUGGAUGUUAGUUGCCUGGCAAGGAAUGCGGCAAUUUCAAAGGUCAAUGCAAAUGCCUCACGGCUUCAGGCACUUGUUGAUUUUCUAACAGGAAAUGCACAUUAUCAUACAAAUUCCAUUCAGUUGCAGGCUGCAACUGUUGAACAUAACGCGGAUUGAAUUAAAUGUGUCGAUCUUGAUGUUAUCGUACGUACGUUAAGAUUAAAAACAAAAACACAAUCGCUUCGCUUCUAUGACAGGACUAAUUAAGACGUCGGAACUUAACUCUGUGUGUAUAAAAGAUAAAAAUGUGUGUUUUUUUUUUGUUAACUUAAUUAGUCUUUCCAUUAACUUAUAAAUUGAAUAAGCCAAGAUUAAAUAAUUCGUUUGAAAGCCAAGUUUGAUUGUUUGUUGCUUGGAUUUAGAACGAUGCUAGGAAACAAAAAACACGUAGAAAAAAGAAAACUAAAACGGUUGGAAUCCUUUGUCUGGUAUUAAUAUGAUAAAAUUUGAUAGGAUGGUGUUUGUACCUGUGAGGUUUUCUGUAGCUUAGAUGUGUAAAGAGUGUUCGAAAUAUUUUUCCAGACGGAUCGUUUAGUAAACGUAGACUUUACGUGCUUUUUGCUUAAUCUAGUAGAUUUAAUCUUGUUACAAAUGUAACAUGUAUCAAUUAUAACAAAUAUGCACGGACCAAUUGAACUAUUUUUAAUCAAACACAAAUGAUUAGUGCAAUUUUAAACUAUUAAAAGAUAUAACCUUGUAUAAAGUCUUAGAUUUUAUCACAACGAAAAAAAAAUGAUGCGCCAACGCUGGUGUUUUUGACCGGCGAUGAAGAUUAGGAAGAUGUAAGAAGAUUUGGGAAGAUGAAAGUAUGCGGUUGUCUUCUCAAAAUUUACACUUAAUAUUUAUGUAUAAUAUUUAGAUUAAAUCGUUCGGAAUGCUUAGUAAAAGUUGUAUUAUUUUCAAAGCAUAUAUUUUAUAUUUCAAUUUUAAACCUCUUUUGAUAAACAAAUAUUGCAUUGUCUGUGUAAAUGUUUACAUCCAUAUAAAUAAAUGUGAAGAGGACUUUUAAUACAGCAGAUACAACUGUUGCUAAAUGUUCUGUAUGUAAAAUACUUCUGUUAUGGACAAGUUAUAGAUAAAUUUAUUGUUAAUUCGCUUUUCUAGGACAUAUCGUUUAGAAUUAACUAAUCUCUAGAAAUUACAUUUGAUAAUAUAAGAAUAGAUUUUAUUUAAAUAAAUCUAGUUGCCAAAUAGUAAUAAUUAACUAUAAAUGUAGCAAAUAUUUAUAAUAGAUGUACCAGUGGCUUUUAAAUGAAUUUGUUUAAUUAAUGAACUUUUGAUGGUCACUGUGUUUUAAAUACAUAAAAAAAUUUAAAAUGUUAACUAAUUGUAAUUUUUAAUAUAACUUUUAAUCGUUAGCAUGUUAAAAUUCGAUUUUAAAACAUCAUUAAAACUGUGUAUGUCUUUUUGGAGAUGUGCUUGCAACUACUCUAUAAUAUUAGCACUGUAAGUUUUUUGUUCAACACUAUAUAAUAAAUAUCGGAUAUUAAAACUGUAUUAAAAUUAUGCUCUAAAUAUAUAUUAUAUAUGUAUUCUGUAAUAUGUGUAUUAAUAAAUAAAUAUAUGUAAUA